AUGGCUAUGACCAAGGAGGGGCUGCUGCUGUGGGAGAGGACAGUUGUCCGGGAAGGGGAGCGUGCAAAAAGAGGUGGCAAGGGCAGAGGAGAGGCUAAGACUGACCUGGAAACUAGAAUCAGUGGUCCCGGCAACCCUAGCGUCAAGGCUAAGAUCCAGGUCAAGGCAGUGACUGAGCCAGAACUGCAAACAAGACAAGUGACCCAGGCCAAGUCUGGAGAUGGAGCAGUUGCCAGGACCCAGACAGUGACUGAGGCCAUGGCUAAGAUAAAGGAAGUAAUCAACAUGAAAGCUGUGAUUAAGUCUAGAGUCACGGCUGAGACUAAGGCAAAACCCCCGGUAGAACCCAACACAGGCCAAACCGAGUCAGAGGCCGUGCCUAUGCCCAUGGUCAGUGUUGUGACCAAGUAUGAAGUCCAGACUGGUGCUGCAAGUGAAGUAAAUAUCAGGUCCUUUGCCAAGGCUGAUGAAAAGGCCAAUAUUGUAUCUAAGCCCAGGAGAAGGGGAGAGGUCAGCAUCAGUUUCAGGGCUGGGGACAAAGCUGGUGUUCUAAUAGAGUCCAGUGAUACAGAUGAAGAAAAUGUCUGCUCCUGGUUCUGGACUGGGGAAGAGCCUAGUGUAGGAUCCUGGUUCUGGCCUGAAGAAGAGACUCCUACUCUAGCUUAUACCCCCCCACCUAAGGUCCAGGAAAAGCCCAAGCCUACACCUGAACCUGAACUUACUAUAAAGCAAAAAGCAGCUGCAUGGUCAAGGAUCAGAUUUAGUGUCUUAGUUCCAUUAGGGGAAGGGGAGCCACCCUUACCUGCAGAAGGAAAUUGGACUCUAGUUGAGACCUUGAUUGAAACACCUUUGGGGAUUCGGCCUCUGACUAAGAUCCCGCCCUAUAAAGGGCCAUACUUCCAGACCUUAGCUGAGAUCAAAAGUCAGGUUAGGUAUAGGGAAAAGUAUAGGCCCAAUCCAAGAACCUGCCGCUGCAAAUCACGUGACUUUAGUUUAGAGCCUAAAGAAUUCGAUAAACUUGUUGCCCUACUUAAGUUAACUAAGGAUCCUUUCAUUCAUGAAAUAGCCAGGAUGAUAAUGGGCAUAAGUCCUGCUUAUCCAUUUACCCAAGAUAUAAUUCAUGAUGUUGGUGUGACUGUUAUGAUUGAAAACUUGGUCAAUAAUCCCAAUGUUAAAGAACACCCUAGUGCUUUAAAUAUAGUGGAUGCCAACUCUGAGUCUUCUGAAGAAUCAAAAACAGGAGAGUCACACACACAUCAAGUUUGUAAGGACAUAUUCUCUUAUCCAUUGAACUCCCCUAUGCAACUGGAUGCACUAAAGUUAUUAUUGCAACCGAGUGUGAAAGUUGAGGAUCACCAUGUGAUUGCCAAUUACAUUCCAGAUUUCCUUACCUUGUUAAACAAGGGAAGUGUCAAAACCAAGUUUUCUGUUUUAAAAGUGUUUUCGCGCUUGUCUAAAAAUCAAGCCAAUACAAGAGAACUGAUCAGUGCCAAAGUACUGUCAUCACUGGUUGCACUCUUUAACAAGAAUGAGUCAAAGGCCAACAUUCUUAAUGUUAUUGAAAUAUUUGAGAAUAUAAACUUCCAAUUCAAAAAGAAGGGGAAGCUAUUUACCAAGGAACAGUUCACUAAAUCUGAACUUAUUUCCAUAUUCCAGGAAGCAAAAGAGUUUCGGCAGAAACUCCGAGACUUAGCAGAGCACAGUGAUCCUGAGGUGAGAGAUAAAGUUAUACGAUUAAUACUCAAACUCUGAAUAGUCGUAUGUUUCUCCCAAAGCCUUGAAAGAUGUUUUGGUGUUGCAAUAUAAAACCAAUGCAUAUUACAAUUAUAAAUUCAAUACUUGUGUUAACUGUGUUGAGUGGAGGCAAUUUUAUGGAUGUUAAAUGAUCCUGAGAGCUUGAAUGUUGUUGAUUUUUAUUGUGCUGUAUAAAUUGAUAUAUUUUUAGUAUUUCUGCAACAUGAUCUGAUAAUGAACCUAUUCAUCCUAAGUAAGCUAUACUCCCAUGCUUCAUAGUGACAUGAAUGUAUUCAUUCGCGACUUCAUCUACAUGUUAAUAAAGUUAAGUGCUAAAACUGGUGAAAAAAUUGUUUUAGUUC